AUGGUCUCACUCAAGCAAAUCGGUGUCAGCCUGUUGGCAUUGACUGCGCAUACGCUCGCUGCGGCCCUCCCAGAUGCUGGGUCUCCAGACCUCGUCGUCCGUCAAGCUACCACUACGGUAAAGUCAUCAUCGACUUCGACUACUGUGUCCGCUCCAGUCAGCGCUUCUGCAUCAAGCAAAGCUUCUUCUUCUUCUUCCUCAGUCAAGUCCUCAUCGACCACUUCCAAGGUCUCUGAUGCGGCCUGCACCAACAGUCCCAGCACCAGAGGCUGCUGGAAGAAUGGCUUGAGCAUUGCCGCCGACUUCGACAACAAAUACCCCACCACGGGAAAGACAGUCAAGUACACUCUUACUGUCACCAACGUCACCGACUGCAACACGUACAUGAGCAAGGGUAUCGGCGAUGGCUUCUGCAGGCCGAUGUUGCUCAUCAACGAACAGUUCCCGGGACCUACCAUCAAUGCAGAAUGGGGCGACCAACUCGAGAUCACUGUCGUCAACAAUAUGCAAGACAACGGCACUUCCUUCCACUGGCAUGGCAUCCGCCAACUGAACUCUUGCCAAAUGGAUGGCGCUAAUGGCGUCACCGAAUGUCCAAUUCCACCUGGCAAGAGCUUCACGUACAAGUUCAAGGCUACGCAAUACGGCACAACUUGGUACCACAGCCAUCACUCUGCUCAGUAUGGCGAUGGCAUUGCUGGUGCCAUUGUCAUCAACGGCCCGGCAACGGCCAAUUAUGACGUGGAUCUGGGUCCGGUCGCACUUACUGAGACGUACGACCAGACCGCAUGGACGAUGAACUGGCGGGCGCUUCACAUCGCAGCUCCUCCAGAGCCUAUCAACAUCCUCUUCAACGGAUCCAUGGUAAACACCACAGGCGGUGGUAAGUACAACCUUAUCACCGUCACCAAGGGAAAGACUUAUCGUCUCCGUCUCAUCAACAUGAGCGUUGAUACAUUCUUUGUCUUCUCCAUGGAUGGUCACCAGUUCCAAAUCAUUACCUCCGAUUUGGUGCCGGUCCACCCCUACAACGCCACCUCAAUCAUCAUGGGCAUCGGGCAGCGCUACGACAUUGUCUUCACGGCCGACCAGCCAGCUAGCAACUACUGGUUGCGCACCCAGAUUGCUGACUGCAGUAACAACGUGCUCAAGGGCUCGUCCGAAAUUGUCCUGGGUGGUAUUCUGAACUACGACGGCUUCGACAAGACGGAUCUCCCGGUCACGACUAGUUCCACCAUUGAGACGACGGCUUGUGUCAAUGAGCCGUACACCAAGCUCAUUCCCUGGUGGGAGACGAUAGUUCCAAAGGACCAGUUCGCCGCUUCGCUCGAGGGAAUCGACCUGACCUUCAACGGUGCUGCCACUCUUGAGAACCAGACCCUCGUGCAGUGGUACCUGAACGACAGCGCCAUGAAUGUCGAUUGGGGAAAGCCGACCCUGCAAUACUUUGCAGAUGGCAACACCGACUACAAGAAGUCGAUGAACGUCUUCCAGAUGCCGGCUGAGGGCACGUGGUCCUUCUGGAUCAUCCACAAUAACCUCGAGACCUUCGGGCUCGACCACCCUAUCCAUCUCCACGGCCACGACUUCUUCCAUCUUGGCGCUGGCGUGGGUGAUUGGGAUGGCAACGUCGACGCGUUGACGUUCAACAACCCCAUGCGCCGUGAUGUCAUGAUCCUGCCCGGGUCGACUUCAGGAGGCUACCUGAUUAUUGGUUUCCCCGCCGACAACCCCGGCGCCUGGCUUAUGCAUUGCCAUAUCGCAUGGCACGUCACCGAUGGCCUCAGCCUGCAGUUCGUCGAGAACCCGGGGUCGUUCACGGGCGAUCUCACGGGCAUGAAGCAGAACUGCGCGAACUGGAAUGCCUACGACCCGUACUACGAGAAGGAGGUGGGCGAUUCGGGCUUGUAA